AUGCGGGCCCCUUUCCCUCUCGCGCUGCGCAUUGGCACCGACAUCGUCGCCACGAACCGGAUCUCGUCCUUGGUCCAACCAGACAUCCGCCGCCUGGUCCGACUCGCCAAUCGCUUCCUCCUCCCUCAGGAGCUCGAGGAUCUCAGGCGCCGCUUCCCGCACUGGCAAGAUGCAGAUCGCCAGGACCAGCUCGCGAGGAGACAGCUGGCCGCCUGGAUUGCCGGCCGCUGGGCGUCCAAGGAGGCAGCCAAAAAGGCCUGGAACGCUUCAUUACUCAGCUUUCGAGAUCUGAGGGUCGGAAUUGAAUCCGACGGCGCUGUGCAUGUCGUCUGCGACACCCGUCUGACAACCCCGACCACUUCGGACCAUUCCAUCCCCUCCACUUCCACCUCCACCACCCCCAGCGAGGUGACCGAGCAGACGGCUCAACUCAGCAUCAGCCACGACGGGGACUACGCCAUCGCGACCGUUCUCGCGACACCAUUACAUCCAGAUAUAUCGGCCGAGCUUGGGCGCAGGAAGGCCGAGGCCGAAGCAAAGGUUAAAAGGCCCAGUGGCCCUCGUGGGGGGUGA